UGGACGCCGACGACGGCUGAGACAUGUUGUUUUGUAGUUAUUUAAAUAAUUCUGUCUAAUUUUCAAUAUUUAAAAUUAAUAUACUGUUUUAUUAUAAUGGGGGACGGUCCUGCACAAGUAGGCGCACUAAAUCCAUCGGAAAAUCCACCAGCUAGAGCAAUGCCAGUUGCGCAGUUUAAUCUAGACAAUGUGGAGGACUUCUCCACGGUGUGUAGAACUUGUGCCACCGUGACGCAGCUUGUCAUACCCAUAUUUCAAGGCGAGGGACUGCAGAAUGACUUGGCAGCGAAAAUAAAUAAACAUUUACCUAUAACUGUGACGGAGCAGGAUGAACUGCCGUUGGUGGUAUGCUACCAGUGUGCAAGCACGGUGCUGGGCUGCCACGAGCUGGAGAAGAGCAGCCGCGAAGCUGAUAAAGCGUUACGAUCUCGCCUCAAUGACAUCAAGAAAAAGAGCGAUGCAGAAAACAACCAGAAUAACAAGUGGCAAACCUGCUGGAGCGAUUUCGCCAGCCACUCGAGGAAUGUUGAGUCAAAUAUGAGCGAGUUCGGCGAAGAUACUCUUGAAAUAAAAUUUGAUAUUGAUUCUGAUCACGAUCGACUGUCUGUCGACGAGGACGACGAACCGCUUUCGAAUAUAGCGGCGACGAAGAAAUUUAAUCAUCCGUACAAUGAAUUUUAUCGUGCCUUAGUUAAAUUUAGAGAUCACUUCGUAUCAUACCACGGGUCGAAGAAGCGCAAGUACCCAGAAUUCACAGACUCGAACGACGAGGAGGCGGCGAGCGAGGAGGGCGACGCGGAAAACGUCGACGUGGACGACUACGACGACCUCACCAAGUGUAACAUGCGAAAGGACAGGAUGGACGAGGAGACGCGCCGGGAACUCGGCGGCGUCCAGACCAGGGUGAACGGCAAACUCUACUACGCGUGCGCCGUGUGCGGCAAGAAUCUGAGCUCGCCGCAUACGUACGUCUUCCACAAGCGGAUCCACACGGGCGAGCGGCCGUGCGUGUGCCACGUGUGCGGAAAGCAGUUCCGCACGCCCAACGGCCUGCAGCGGCACGUGGUGGAGACCCACGAGAGGCUGCGACGGCACCCGUGCGCCCGCUGCCCCAAGAGCUUCGCCAACUCGCAGAACCUGAAGCAGCACAUGCGCAUCCACACCGGCGAGCGGCCGUACGCGUGCGCGCAGUGCGGCAAGCGGUUCACGCAGAGCGGGUCGCUGCACGCGCACGCGCGCACGCACGGCGGCGACCUCGCGCACCGCUGCCUCGAGUGCGGCGCGCGCUUCCGGCUGCGGGCCGGGCUCGCGCGCCACCGACUGCGGCACAGCGGCGAGCGGCCGCACGCCUGCCCCGCCGCCGCCUGCGCGCGCGCCUUCCGCCGCCGCCACGAGCUCGCCGCGCACCUCCUCGCGCACCAGGGCCGCGCGCCGCACGCCUGCGCCGCCUGCGCCGCCGCCUUCCGCUCGCGGCGCGCGCUCCGUCUGCACGCCGCGCGCCUGCACCCGCCCCCGCCCCCACGACACAGAGUACGGCCCGAAUCGCGCUCGCAAUCGACGACGGAGAGCGAAAGAGACGCCGCCAAACCGAAAGACGACCGCGUGAGUUCGGUCGGCCCGGUUCGCGAUCUCGGCGAGAUGUACGUGUCGUGCGACGUCUGCGAGAAGAGCGUCUCGAGAUCGUCCCGGACGCGCCACGCGAGGUACCACCGCGAGGAGAAGCCGCAUUGGUGCCACCUGUGCGGCCUCGGUUUCAACGAGGGCGGCAACCUGAUGCGGCACGUUCGCGCCGUUCACCAGCGCCGCCGCCCGCACUUCUGUCCGGAGUGCGACCGGGCCUUUUCGCGAAAAGAUCAUCUAGAGGAUCACAUCAAAUCCCACUCGACGAGCAGGGAAUUCGUGUGCGACGUGUGCGGCAAGGCGUCCAAGUCGGGCGCGGCGCUGCGCAUGCACAAGCGGACAUCGCGGAUGCGCAAAUGCGCGUUCUGCCCCGCGAGCUGCCCCGUCGACGCCUACGACAACCACCUGGUGGCCCUGCACGCUCAACUCCUGUUCCAGUGCGGGGUGUGCGAGACCUACGUCGCUAAGAAAGAAUUCAUUCGGCACAUGUCGGAUCACUUAGAAUACAGUAAAUCAGACGACGACGGCUCGGCGUCUGCGAGAGCUCGCCGCUUGGAAAGAAGAAGAAUUCGGGCCCAGGGCGUCCGCGAGAUCCGCGUGUUUCACGGCGUCGGCUACGCGGACUUUCUUCUGCAAGACGAAUCCAUCAUCACCGGGCCGGUGCCGGAGUCUACGGCCAGACGUCCCUCGAGUUCUAUGGCCGGACAGCCCUCGAGGUCCACGGCCGGAUCGCCCUCGAGUUCUAUGGAGGGACAGCCCUCGAGGUCCACGAGCGGCGCGUCGCAGGGGCGCGCGGCCCGCUCGCCGUCGAGGUCCGCAUCCGAGUCUUCGUCGGAGUCCGCGCCCGACCCGCCGCCGAGGACCGUAUCCGUCACCUCAUCGGAGUCCGGGUCGCAGUCGGACUUUCGGGUCGUCCCGCCGUCGUGGUCCGCCCCCGAACCGAACGUCGCAUCCGGCCGGAAGUGUCCGAUCUGCUCGAAAACGUACACGGCGACAUCGGCGUAUUUGUACCACGUGAAAUACUUCCAUAAGCGCGCGGGCGAGGCCCGGUGCGGGAAGCGGUCGUGCACGGCCGAGCGCCGCUACGAGUGCGGCGCGUGCAGCAAGCGGUUCCGGUCCAGCGCCGGCCUGGUCGCGCACGUGCGCACCGACCACGCGGCGGCGGCCAGGGGCGUGGCUGCGUCCGGGGGCGUGGCUGCGUCCGCGAAUGUGGCUGCGUGCGGGGGCGUGGCUGCGUCCGCGGGUGUGGCUGCAUCCGGGGGCGUGGCUGCGUCCGCGGGUGUGGCUGCGUCCGCGGGUGUGGUUGCGUCCGCGGGUGUAGCUGCGUCCGCGGGUGUGGCUGCGUCCCCGUGUGUGGCUGCGCCCGUGGCUGCGUCCUCGGGUGUGGUUGCGCCCGAGGGCGCGGCUGGGGCUGGGAGCGUGGCUGCGGCUGGAAGCGUAGCUGCAUCCGGGAGCGUGAGUGUGGCGCGGGAGCCCCGCGCGCGGCGGGCGUGCGCGGCGCGGCCCCGCCCCCCGCCCCCGGCGCGGCCCCGCCCCCCGCGCGUGUCGUGCGACCGCUGCUCGUCGUCGUUCUCGCAGGCGCGCUACCUGCGCGACCACCAGCGCCGCAAGCACGCGCCCGCCUCGCGCUAGCUCCGCGUGCUCCGCUCUCUGUCUCUCUCUCGGAGUGAAACAUCUCUGUGAAUAUUACGAUAUUUUCGAUAUCGCGAUCGAUACGAUAUCGUAGACGCUACUGCGUACCGCGUAGAAGUGACCGUGUAGGAGCCGUCGUAUAUGUAAAAGUAAUAUUCACAGAAAAGUUUCAGUUCUACCAGUGUAACUUCUGGUGUCAUAUGUUUCGUUUUUUUUUCUGAUUGAUAAAGUAUUUUUUUACGUUUUGCCCGAUAUACGACUCCGUAAUAUUAAUGUUUUACAUGUUAUCUUGCCUCGUGCCGAAUAAAACGUCACUUCCGAAAAUCAGAAAGACACACGAGAACUUAUAAUGUAUCGAAUAAUGCCUUACCUUGUCGAAUUUAAACCACUAAAAAAAAUAAAGUAAUAAAAACAUGUAAAGAAAAAGAAUUGUACACAUAAAAAUUUUUCAGGUGAUAUAAUUUAGUCAUAAAUAUUCAUAUGUAGUU